GUUUAGUACGUCAGAGGUUUGAGACGUGCGGAUGCACUGUAUUUUUAGAAAGACGCCAUGUUGGACAAGAAAGAAAAGCUACUGAGGAGGGUUUUGUCGUACGAAAAGACGUCGUUUCGUCAUGUGUAGAACGGGCAAUCUAAUGGGUUAUUGUCAUGUAUGAGGGCAGCAGAUUUGCGUAGAUCUUUUAUUUGUAAACACUGGAGUUAUUGAUUUUCUGCCUGUUAUUUCGUGAUUAGUGACCAUGGUGCUGUUAUGAGUAGAGAUUUUGACUCCAGGUAUUGUAACGAAUAGGAACCAGAAACUUCGGGUCUCUUACACUAAUGAUCUGUUAAGAUGUUACUUAGAACUCAAAUGGUGGGUAUAGAGUUUUACGAUGCUGUUCUGAACAACGAAUUGCAAUUACUGAAGCGAAUUGUGACGCAACACAAAAUAGAUCUGAACGCCAAAUUUGUGGAAGUUCGAAAGAAAAACCACGCCGAUUUAUGCCCCAUUCACUUGGCGGCGUACCGGGGGUAUACCUAUAUGUUGCAAUACCUAAUUGAGUCAAAAUGUGACGUCAAUAAGACAACAGCCACGUUAAGGAGAACUGCAUUGCAUUUCGCCGUGUUGCGUCACAAAUUGGCCUGUAUGUUGUUACUCAUUCGAGCAGGUGCUAAAAUAGAUGCUAAAGACACUUUUAGCAACUCUCCCUGUCACUACGCGGCUGACGAUGGCUAUUGUCAAAUCCUGGACCGCUUAAUCCGACGUGGUGUCAACGUUAAUACUCAAGAUAUUACGUCAAAAACCCCAUUAAUGAAGGCCGUUAGAAACAACAAAACCGAUGCGGUGAUACGGCUCAUCAGAGCAAACUGCAACAUGAACAUCACGGACAGAAACUACGACAUGGCUUUACAUUAUGCUUCCAGGAAUGGGUGUGCUGACGUCAUCGAUAUCUUGAUUUCCGCGGGAAGUUUGAUCGACGUACAGAAUUACUGGGGCCGUACACCACUGAUGGAGGCGGUGUGCUACAAUCAUAAGGAAGCCGUGGCCAGGCUUCUCAAAGCAAAUUGUGAUCUAAAUCGACGAGAAUUCAAAACCGGAGACACAGCACUGCACAUUGCGAUAAAACGAAACUAUACAGAUGUAGUGGGACUACUUUUAAAAGCCGGAAGUCGACACGAUAUUUACAAUCAUCAGAGUGAAACGGCUGCGUAUGACGCUGUUGUAAGCAACAAAACAGAGAUCAUUCAACUGAUGGUUAUUCAUAACUGCGAUUUAGAACAACCUGGAAAAUACUUCUCAAACGGUGUGUAUAAAUCUUUGUUUCAAAUCGCUUCAGAGAGAGGCCAUUUUACGAUCUGCAGACUUUUGGCGGUUCAUGGUUAUGUGGAUUACAGAGCCCGGAUGUACUUCCACCAAAGUUAUAUCCCUCCGCGAUUGGUGCCAGAGGCUGAGCACGUUGUGAACUGGUUGAGGAAGAAAAUGCAAACAACUACCUCUCUGCAACAGCUUUGCAGGAAGUGCAUCCGCAAGAGAAUCGGUUACAAGAUAGCGGAGAGUGUAGAGGCCUUGCCUAUGCCAAGGGCGUUAAAGGAUUACGUCUUGAUCAAAGAUUUCAAUGAAAGUGACCAAAUGAACUUUAAAUGACAAAAACUUCAAAAAUAAUUGACAGUGGACAACGUUAUUGAGCAAUAUUGGCAUAUUGCAUUAAUAUAUUUCAUUGCAAUGCAAAUUGUUAAAGAUUUUAAACCACAUCCUCAUUAUUGUUAUAAAUUUUCUGCAUUAGAAAUAAAAUAAUAAUAGAUA